UCUCUAACAUUUAGUGGCACGGCUUCUGAUGGUUUUAUUACACAUAUGUUUGCUUACUUUUUACCCCCAGAUAAUGGAAUAUAUUUCUUCGAUAUGACUAGCACAUGGUAUGGUUUAAUGUAUAUUUCUACGCUAGGAAAACAAGACAGAAGGGUGCUUGUGUGGGGCACUGGAACAAUUUCAAAGUCGGUAUACAUGGAAAAAAGCAGGAAAAUAUUGAUUGAGAUUGUUACUGGUGGUCAAUAUGGUAAUUGGCAGUCUCCUAUUAUACUAGAUGUAACUUUACCCAACAACACAAAGUAUUCGCCUAUUCCUCACAGCUUUUUUGAUUCUCUAUUGUUAAAUAAUUUUCAUUAAAUUGUUUUAAAAGUCU